ACACAAACACCCAGCGACCCAGGCGAGGAGAGGCGGCGAAGAGAGGCACUCGGCCAGGGCACUGCGAGGAGGCACUCUCACCAUGGCACAGGUUCUUACCAAAGUACCCAAGAUGACCAACAGGCGCGUUUUCGUCGUUGGAGUUGGAAUGACGAAGUUUGAGAAACCUGGUCGACGAGAGGACUUUGGUUACCCUCAGAUGGUAAAAGAAUCUGUGGGCAAAGCCCUGGCUGAUGCAAAACUCAGCUAUGAUAAGGUCCAGCAAGCUACCAUUGGAUAUGUUUAUGGUGAUUCAACCUGUGGUCAGCGUGCCUUGUAUGAGGUUGGCAUGACAGGCAUACCAAUGUAUAAUGUCAACAACAACUGUUCAACUGGGUCCACGGCUCUUUUGCUGGCAAAGAACAUCAUUGCAGGCGGCCAGGCUGAUUGUGUUCUGGCUGUUGGCUUUGAGAAGAUGGAGAGAGGAUCUCUGAAAGCUAAGUAUACAGACCGGGAAAAUCCCAUCGAAAAGCAUGUGUAUAGCUUAGCCAAUGUAGCAGAACUUGAGAGUGCUCCAAUGGCGCCACAGCUGUUCGGUAAUGCAGGAAAAGAGCACAUGGCAAAGUAUGGCACCACACCCCUGCACCUGGCCAAGAUUGCUUAUAAAAAUCAUCUCCAUUCUACUAAUAACCCUUACUCACAGUUCCAAGAAGAAUAUACCUUGGAUCAAAUCCAAUCAUCCCCCAUGGUGACUUGCCACCUCACCAAGCUCCAGUGCUGCCCAACCUCUGAUGGAUCUGGUGCUGCUAUUCUAGCUUCUGAAGACUUUGUAGUAUCCCAUGGACUUCAGAAUCAGGCAAUUGAGAUCCUGGCAAUGGAGAUGGCAACAGAUCUACCAUCAACCUUUGAGGAGGAAAGCCCCAUGAAAAUUGUUGGUUUUGACAUGACAAGAACAGCAGCCCAAAAGGUUUUUAGUAUUGCAGGAGAAUCACCAGCAAAUGUUGAUGUGGUUGAACUUCAUGAUUGCUUCUCUGCCAAUGAACUUAUUACUUAUGAAGCUCUUGGCUUGUGUGGGGAAGGUGAGGCUGGAAAGAUGAUUGAUGCUGGUGACAACACAUAUGGUGGAAAGUACGUCAUUAAUCCAUCUGGUGGACUUAUCUCAAAGGGCCACCCUCUAGGUGCCACAGGCCUUGCGCAGUGUGCCGAGUUGUGUUGGCAGCUGCGUGGUGAAGCGGGCAAACGUCAAGUGCCUGGGGCAAAAUUAGCUCUUCAGCAUAACAUUGGUCUCGGAGGAGCAGCGGUUGUAGCACUCUACAGGAUGGGCUUCAGAGGCAAUGAAAGGGGGAUUGUGGCAGCAGCUACAUCAGCUGGAGAGGAGUUUAAAAGUGCAAACAUCUUUAAUGCCAUUGAAGUUGCACUUUCUGAAGACGGACCCAAGCUCGUUAACAAGGUAAAGGGUGUGUACUGCUUCCAAGUCAAGGGAGGUCCUGACGGCAAAGAAGCCAAGUGGAUUGUGGACGCCAAGAAUGGGUCAGGUUCAGUUACUUUCAAUGGUGCAGCCAAGCCAGAUGUGACAAUCACCAUGAAUGACAAUGACCUUGUUGAUCUGAUGGAAGGGAAGCUGAACCCACAGAAGGCCUUCUUCCAAGGAAAGUUGAAGAUUAAGGGAAACAUGGGCUUAGCCAUGAAGCUACAAGAAUUCCAAAAAGAUACCAAACAGCUCAAGGCCAAGCUCUAGGGUUUGAAUGCCCUUUCUUUCCACCUUCCCCUUUUCUUCCCCUUUCUUUUCUUCUUUCUGUGUCUCAUUCUCCUCAUCCUUUUCCUUUUCUCUUUCCCCCUUCAUCCUUUAAAUUCAUUUUUAAUGCUUCUACAUUUGGAAUAUCCUCCUCCUCUUUGGCAUUAUUAUGCAUCUAUAACACUUGUAAGAAGACAAGAAAUACCAUCAAUUUUUUUUAUCAUAUAACAAGGGAUGUUGGUAAAAGAAAAGCUACUUGGAUGCAAUAUCAGUGUUUUAUGUCUCCAUUUUUUUUAAAUGUUAUAAAUAGAUUUAUAGCAGUCCUGUGGAGUCAAAUCAGAGUGUAAUUAGAUUGACUUGAUAAAUGUUUCAAGGACUGGCCCGGGCACUUGACGUUAAAAAGAGCUUUGACAUUUUGGAUAUAACACAGAUUUAAUUGCAUCCUAGAAAUGUCCAACUUUUGAAAGAACUAUCCACCAAAGAAACAGGAAGCAGGGAUAUGGCUGGUGAUUAACUGCAAAUGAGCCAAAAUCCUAUGCAUAAUAAUGUCUGAGCACCAUAAUAGACACAAAUUAUCAGUUCCACAGUGUAUAUGCAUUGAAGAAUAAAAUAAUUACGAGAAUUUCA